GGCGGUCCCGGUGAGGAGUUGCCGGGUGUGCGGGGAGGCUUCCGGGUCCACCCGCCGCCGCCGCUGCUGUAGUCCCAGCAGCCUUCCUCCCUCCCUCGCCGGGGCUGCCGGCUCCCGCUGCUCCCGCCGGUCCGCCAAGCGGGUCGCUUCCCUCCCUGGUUGAAGCGGCUGGAGGCCCGCGGCUCGUAUUCGGCGUGCAGGCGACGGGUGCCCAACGGCCGGUGUCCGUAGAUUUCUUUGUGUUGAUUCUACUUGUAUUUUCUUUACCCUCUCAUUAAUGACGUUUGUGUGGUUAAGAAAGAUCUUCUAAGGAUCACAUUCUCUACUCACCAAGGAUCACAUUCUCUAAUCACCAAAGAUGACAGCUGUUGCAGUGCUAGAGGAGGUACUGGUUUCCAUUGAAAAUGAGCUGCAGGCAGUGGAGAUGCAGAUUCAGGAGCUUAUGGAUAAACAGCAGGAACUCAUUGAAAAGAAGAUGAGGGUGAAAAGCCUGAUAAAGCAGUCCACGGGAGACUUGGAGGCAGGUGGAAGUCAGGACACUGAAACCUCAGCCGAGGCAUGGAACAAAAAAGAUUUUCCAUGGUAUGAGAAGAUAAAAACUGUACUGCAGGUCAAGUUUAAACUCCAGAAGUUUAGGUCCUUGCAACUUGAGACGGUAAAUGCUACAAUGGCGGGAAAGGAUAUAUUUCUUGUCAUGCCUACUGGUGGUGGAAAGAGCCUUUGCUAUCAGUUACCAGCUGUCUGUUCUGAUGGUUUCACUCUAGUGAUAUGUCCUUUGAUAUCACUUAUGGAAGAUCAGCUCAUGGUUUUGGAACAGCUUGGUAUUUCUGCAGCUUUAUUAAAUACCUCAAGCAGUAAGGAACACGUGAAAUGGGUUCAUACCGAAAUGUUAAACAGAAAGUCACAACUGAAGCUUAUUUAUGUGACCCCGGAGAAGAUUGCAAAAAGCAAAAUGUUCAUGUCAAAGCUAGAGAAAGCUUAUCAAGCAGGGUGUCUUGCUCGCAUUGCUGUAGAUGAGGUCCAUUGCUGUAGUCAAUGGGGCCAUGACUUCAGGCCUGACUACAAGUCUCUUGGUAUCUUGAAAAGACAGUUUCCCAAUGCUCCUUUGAUUGGUUUGACAGCAACUGCUACCAAUCAUGUUUUAAAGGAUGCUCAGAAAAUUUUACAUAUUCAGAAGUGCAUUACCUUUACUGCAUCUUUCAACCGGCCCAAUCUUUACUAUGAGGUUCGACAUAAGCCUUCAAAUAAUGAAGAUUUCAUUGAGGACAUAGUUAAGAUCAUUAAUGGAAGAUACAAAGGACUGUCAGGAAUUGUGUAUUGUUUUUCUCAGAAGGAUUCUGAGCAAGUUACUAUAAGUCUGCAGAAACUGGGAAUCAAGGCAGGGACUUAUCAUGCAAACAUGGAUGCUAAAUAUAAGACCAAAGUUCAUAAAGGAUGGGCAGCAAAUCAAAUCCAGGUUGUAGUAGCGACUGUUGCUUUUGGCAUGGGAAUUGAUAAACCUGAUGUGAGGUUUGUAAUUCAUCAUUCUAUGAGCAAAUCAAUGGAGAACUAUUACCAAGAGAGCGGACGUGCAGGUAGAGAUGACCAAAAAGCUGACUGCAUUUUGUAUUAUGGUUUUGGAGAUAUAUUCAGAAUCAGCACAAUGGUAGUGAUGGAAAAUGUAGGGCAAGGGAAGCUGUAUGAUAUGGUGUCUUAUUGCCAGACUAUGAACAAGUGUCGCCGGGUCCUCAUAGCCCAUCAUUUUGAUGAAGUAUGGGAUUCUGCAAACUGCAACAGAAUGUGUGAUAACUGCUGUAGAGAGAACUCAUGUGAGAAAAUGGAUAUAACAGGAUACUGCAGAGAUCUAAUCAAGAUACUUGAGCAAGCAGAAAACAUGAGUGAGAAACUCACCCCACUGAAAUUAAUUGAUGCGUGGUCUGGGAAAGGUGUGUCAAAACUCAGGGUGGCUGAAGUUGUUCCACCGAAACACCCUCGAGAGGAACUGGAGAGAAUUAUUGCCCAUUUAUUGCUGCAGCAGUAUCUGAAGGAAGACUUUAGCUUCACGGCAUUUGCUACAAUAUCCUACCUGAAGAUAGGACCAAAGGCAGGUCUGCUGACAAAUGAGGCACACGUCGUAACUAUAGAAAGUAUAACAAACAAGAAAAGUGUUUACAAGGACAAACCAUCUCCAUCUUUGAAUUCGAAAGGAAGCACAGAAAAGGCUCAGAGUAUUUCAAAGACUGUCCAAGAUCCAGCGGUGAAGAAGUCACGGGAACAUAAACGACCUAACUGUGGUUCUAACUUAAAAGCCAAGAAGCUUAAGCUUCAGGCAGGUGAAGAUGACCAACCAGUAGUUCUUGACUGAGUUUCAUGGACUACAUUUAGGACCUAAUCAUGUUUGCUUCUCUGUGGACUAUGCAGUGUGUAAGUUCAGUUUGUGUUUUAGUAAUGGUAUUUUUGUGUAUGAGUUGGUUUUUUAAUAAAAAACAGGGAAAUAAGUACUCUUAAACCUAUCAAAUCUAGAAAAAGUAAAGUAGUGAAGGGAAAAAUAGUUCAUAUCAAAGUAACUGGUGCGUAUCUUAUGAUACAGCAAUGACUGCAAAAUGUAAGUAGUUACCAUGUUGCCUUUUUAACUCUUGGAAAUGUAGUGUAUAGUAUUGCAGAAUCCGGAAGGCACUUCUAGAGGUCAUGUAGUCCAACCUCCUGCUCAAAGUAGGUCCAAUUGGAACAGGGUGCUCAGGGCUGUGUCAUUAAGUUUUGACUGUCCCCAAGGAUGGAGAUUCCACAGCCCCUCUCAGUACCUGUUCCAGCAUUUGACCACCUUUGUGACCAAAAAAAAAGGAUAUUUCUUAGAACUAAUUAUUUCUUGUGUUGAGGAAAGUUGUCUGUUGCCUCCUGUCCUACUGCUGGGCUCUUCAGAGAAGAGUCUUUCCCCCUUGGAGCUACCAUUAGGUAGUUGAAGACAACAGCAUGAUCACAACAGUUACUCUUUACUCUCUGACAACUUUCUUCAUGUUUAAUCUGGAAGAAAUAUAGUUGUCUGUUUCUCCUCUUUGAGCACCUAGGCAGUUUGGUAGCCUGCUGCUAGACUUAGUUCAGUGCAUUAGUAUGUUUCAUCUACUGGAAAGUGCAGAACUUAACCCAGGAGUCUAUCUGUAAUCUCACAAGGGAUGAAUACCCAGAAAGUCUUUCCACCCAAAUUGCUAGUUGUUCUUGUUCACAUAAUCUGCUAUGCAGUUGCCCAGAUGGGUUGUUGAGUCUCCUUCUCUGGAGCCAUUGAAAACUCACCUGGAUGAGUUCCUGUGUGACCUAUUCUAGGUGGCCCUGCUCUGGCAGGGGGGUGGGUCCUUCUCUGCAAAGCUACUUUCUAACCAGUCCUGUGCCAGCCUGUACCUUUGUAUUUUGCUACUCCAUCCCAGGUGUAGAACUUUGCUGCUGCUUUUAGAGGUUGCCAUCAGCCCACAUGUCCUAUCUAAAUCCCUCUGAACAGCAGUCCUGCCCUCCAGUGUAUCAACAGCUCUCCCAGCCUGGGCAUUGUCUGCAGACUGGCUAGAGCACACUCUGUGCCUGGACCUAGGCUGUUAGUGGAGACCCUAAAUUGUAUUGGCCCCAGAAGGUUUUCCCUUCUCUGUGAGCAUUGCCGCUAGUAAAUGGCGAUCAGUUGGACUUUGCAUCACAGACCCCAACUCUUUAACCCAGGUAGUCUGGACAACUUUCUACCUACUUUGUUGUACAUUAGUCUGUAUCUCACUGAUGUUUUUACCUGUGGAGAAAUUAUGGGUGAUCAUGUCAGAAGCUUUUCUAAAGUCAAGAUGUACAGUAUCCAGUGCUACCCCCUUGUUCACCCAGGCAGUUAUCUGAGUCAGUCUGGUGGAUCAGAUGUGCCUGGCGGCUUUAGCUGGCUGGUCCCAGGCACUGCUCUGGGUCUGAAAAUGUUUACUGGGUGCUGAGGUGAAGCUGAUUGGCAUGUAACUCCUCAGACCCUCCUUUUUGAAGACAGGUGUGAUGUUGGCCUUUUCCGAGUCCUCAGGAACCUCCCUCAGUCUCCAAGUCCUUUCAGAACUGACAGCAGUCUUGCACUGACCUCUGCUAGCUUUCUCUGCACCCUUCAGUGCAGCUCCUCGAGUCACACAGAUUUGUGUACAGCCAUUGGCUUUAGUAAUCUGUAACUAUCCCUUCCUUUGCUGCUUUGCUCCCACAGACUGUUAGUAGGCUCUGGGACAUGGGAGGUCUGAGAGAAAACUUUACCAGUGAAAAAGAGGCAAAAAAUGUGAGUACCUCAGUCUUCUCUGUGUCCUCUGUCAGUAGUUUCUCUACUCCUCUGAACAGUGGGCCCAUACUUCCUUACUCUUCUUUUUACCACUAAGGUGCUUACUGAAGCUCUUCUUACUGCCUUUUCUCAUCCUUUGCUAGUUCUAUCUCCAGCUGAGCUCUUACAUUUCCAGCUCUCUCCCUCUGUGCUCAGGCAAUGUCUCUUUUUUUUUUGAUAUCUUGUACAUUCUGUCUCCUGUUUGUGUUAACAGUUUUUUUAACUGUUAACUGAGGAGCUCUCUGUUCACCUGUGCUGGCCUUCUGUCUUGCCUCACUGACCUUUUGCACAGAGGAACACGCUAUUUGUGUUUUAAAGAGGUGGUGGUUUAGAAAUCAGCAGCUCUGUGAG